AUGAGCCAGCCCAGGCCCCGCUAUGUGGUAGACAGAGCCGCAUACUCUCUCACCCUCUUCGACGACGAGUUUGAGAAGAAGGACCGGACGUACCCAGUGGGAGAGAAACUUCGCAAUGCCUUCAGAUGUUCCUCCGCCAAGAUUAAGGCUGUGGUGUUUGGGCUGCUGCCUGUGCUCUCAUGGCUCCCCAAGUACAAGAUCAAAGACUACAUCAUCCCCGACCUGCUUGGCGGACUCAGCGGGGGAUCCAUCCAGGUCCCACAGGGCAUGGCAUUUGCCCUGCUGGCCAACCUUCCUGCAGUCAACGGCCUCUACUCCUCCUUCUUCCCCCUCCUGACCUACUUCUUCCUGGGGGGUGUGCACCAGAUGGUGCCAGGUACCUUUGCCGUUAUCAGCAUCCUGGUGGGUAACAUCUGUCUGCAGCUGGCCCCAGAGUCAAAAUUCCGGGUCUUCAACAGCACCACCAACGAGAGCUAUGUGGACACGGCAGCCAUGGCGGCGGAGAGGUUGCACGUGUCGGCAACGCUUGCCUGCCUGACUGCCAUCAUCCAGAUGGGCCUGGGCUUCGUGCAGUUCGGCUUCGUGGCCAUCUACCUCUCUGAGUCCUUCAUCCGGGGCUUUAUGACAGCUGCCGGCCUGCAGAUCCUCAUCUCAGUGCUCAAGUACAUCUUUGGACUGACAGUCCCCUCCUACACGGGCCCGGGCUCCAUCGUCUUUACCUUCAUUGACAUUUGCAAAAACCUCCCCCACACCAACAUCGCCUCGCUCGUCUUCGCCCUCAUCAGCGGUGUCUUCCUGGUGUUGGUGAAGGAGCUCAAUGCUCGCUACAGGCACAAGAUCCGCUUCCCCAUCCCCACAGAGAUGAUCGUGGUCGUGGUGGCAACAGCUAUCUCCGGGGGCUGUAAGAUGCCCAAAAAGUACCACAUGCAGAUCGUGGGCGAGAUCCAACAUGGGUUCCCCACUCCGGUGUUGCCUGUGGUUUCGCAGUGGAAGGACAUGAUUGGCACAGCCUUCUCCCUGGCCAUCGUGGGUUAUGUCAUCAACCUGGCUGUGGGCCGGACCCUAGCCAACAAGCAUGGCUAUGACGUGGAUUCUAACCAGGAGAUGAUCGCCCUGGGCUGCAGCAACUUCUUUGGCUCCUUCUUUAAGAUCCACGUCAUUUGCUGUGCACUCUCUGUCACUCUGGCUGUGGACGGAGCUGGAGGAAAAUCGCAGGUAGCGAGCCUGUGCGUGUCUCUGGUGGUGAUGAUUACCAUGCUGGUCCUGGGGACCUAUCUGUAUCCUCUCCCCAAGUCUGUGCUAGGAGCCCUGAUCGCCGUCAACCUCAAGAACUCCCUCAAGCAACUGGCUGACCCCUACUAUCUGUGGAGGAAGAGCAAGCUGGACUGUUGUGUCUGGGUGGUGAGCUUCCUCUCCUCCUUCUUCCUGAGUCUGCCAUAUGGCGUGGCGGUGGGUGUUGCCUUCUCCAUCCUGGUUGUGGUCUUCCAGACCCAGUUUCGGAACGGGUAUGCCCUGGCCCAGGUUGUGGACACUGACCUUUAUGUGAACCCCAAGACCUACAGCCAGGCCCAGGAAAUCGAGGGGGUUAAAAUCGUCACCUAUUGCUCCCCAAUCUACUUUGCCAACUCAGAGAUCUUCAGGCAGAAGGUCAUCGCCAAGACCGGCCUGGACCCCCAGAAAGUACUGCUAGCCAAGCAGAAGUGCCUGAGGAAGCAGGAGAAGAGGAGGGCGAUGCCCACACAGCAGAGGAAGUCUCUCUUCAUGAAAACCAAGACUGUCUCCCUGCAGGAGCUCCAGCAGGACUUCGAGAAUGCCUCCCCGACAGACCCCAACAACAACCAGACACCCGCCAAUGGUGCCAGCGUGUCCUACAUCACCCUCAGCCCUGACACCUCCCCAGCUGCACAGCGUGAGCCCCCGACCUCUGCCGAGCAUCCCGCUGAGCCCAGCGACAUGCUGGCCAGCGUCCCUCCCUUCAUCACCUUCCACACCCUCAUCCUCGACAUGGGCGGAGUCAGCUUUGUGGACCUGAUGGGCAUCAAAGCCUUGGCCAAGCUGAGCUCCACCUAUGGGAAGAUUGGUGUGAAGGUCUUCUUGGUGAACGUCCAUGCCCAGGUGUACAAUGACAUCAGCCAUGGAGGCGUCUUCGAGGACGGCUGUCUAGAGCGCAGCCAUGUCUUCCCCAGCAUACAUGAUGCAGUCCUGUUUGCCUGCGCUACUGCCAGGGAAGUGGCCCGGGGACACAGCUUACAAAGGGCUCCAGGGGACCCUGAGGUCUCCUUGUCGGAUUCGGAGGAUGACAGCCCAGGCUACUGGGACCUAGAGCAGGAGGUGUUUGGGAGCAUGUUCCACACAGAGACCUUAACUGCCCUGUGA